CAGUCGGCGGGCAGCGCGCGGCAGCCGCAUGGCGCAGCGGCCGGCCGCCAGUCGGACACCUCCAGCGCGGCGCGGCCCACGCCUCGGCGCGCUCCCAUUGGUCGACGGGUGUUACCUCGACCAAUCGCGGCGAGUGUCAGCUGAUUAGCGCUGCGGCGAGGCCGGCGCACGGCUUUUGACACUCGCUAGUGACUGGAGUGCUGCCUCUGAGGAGGGACGUGUCCGCGCGCUCCGCUGUCGGCGCCGCUCAGUGCUGUGACCGCGCCCCGGACUGGGACUCUGCCGCCGGAGGACUCUACUGGACUCUGCCGCCGCACCACGACCCUGGCCGACCAGCGCGCGGCGCCCGGCGCUCACCAGCGGCUCACUGCUCUAGCUGAUGGUUCCCGCUUGCGGGCGGCCGAGGCUUCCAUGAGAUUCGAACAGUCGGACAUCCGCGUUCCCGAGAUGGCCUACCCGCCGUUCAUGCGCCACCCGGACUUUUCAGCCGGCUCGUUCCUGACACCGGGCCAGUACUUCCCGGCGCUGCCGCCGCACGUGCCGUACCCGCAGUCGCUGCUGCCCAAGAUGCCGCCCGGUCUGGGCGGUCACCCGUUCGGCGCGGACGACGUGCUGGGUCACCAGGGCAGUCUGCGGCCGCCGCGCUGCCUCCAGCCCGAGGACGACGGUGUGGUGGACGACCCCAAGGUGACGCUGGAGUCCAAGGAGCUGUGGGCGCAGUUCCACAAGCUCGGCACCGAGAUGGUCAUCACUAAAAGCGGCAGGCAAAUGUUCCCGCAGAUGAAGUUCCGCAUGUCCGGCCUGGACCCCAAGUCCAAGUACAUCCUGCUGCUGGACAUUGUGGCCGCCGACGACUGUCGCUACAAGUUCCACAACAGCCGCUGGAUGGUGGCCGGCAAGGCCGACCCCGAGAUGCCGAAGCGGAUGUACAUCCACCCGGACAGUCCGGCCACCGGCGAGCAGUGGAUGCAGAAGGUGGUCUCCUUCCACAAGCUCAAGCUGACCAACAACAUCAGCGACAAGCACGGAUUCCAGACCAUCCUGAACUCGAUGCACAAGUACCAGCCGCGCUUCCACCUGGUGCGCGCCAACGACAUCCUCAAGCUGCCCUACUCGACGUUCCGCACCUACGUCUUCAAGGAGACGCAGUUCAUCGGCGUCACCGCCUACCAAAACGAAAAGAUCACCCAGCUCAAGAUUGACCACAACCCGUUCGCCAAGGGCUUCCGGGACUCUGGCGCCGGAAAACGAGAGAAAAACCAGCGGCCCAACGCCCUGACGGCCGCCUCCCCGGGCGGCGGCGGCGGCGCGCGCUCCUCGGACGAGAGGGACGAGGACGAGGACGAGCGCCUGCUGGACGUGGUGGGCGACCGCGGCUCGCCGAUGCCGCCGACCACCACCACGCUGCCGCCGCAGCUGCCGCAGCUGGGCCCGCUGGGCCAGCUGAGCCAGCUGCCCCAGCUCGGACAGCUCGGACAGCUGCCGCAGCUGCCGCUGCCGCCGGCCGCCGCAGACAGCCCGCCGCGCUCCGUCUCGCCGCCCAUCAAACCAGAGUCCAAGGAGGAGUCGCGCCAGGCGCCGGCGCCACCGCCGCUCUCCUUCCGCCCGUACGACGACAGCCCGAGCAAGAAGCGGCCGGCCACCGCCGAGCCCGAGCGCGAGCACGCGGACGCCGAGCGAGAGCAGCGCUCGGGCGGCGAGCAGGAGUCGGAGCCGGAGCCGGAGCGGCGCCGGCCCGACAGCGAGCGCAGCAGCGGCGACGCCAGCGACCGCGACGGCAGUGACGCCGAGUGCGGCAGCGCCUUCCGCAGCGUGCGCUCCGACGACGAGCGGGUCGGCGGCGCCACGCGCCCCAACGUGUCCGUGGGGCCGCCGAUGCAGCCACCGCACCUACUGCCGUACCUGUACAACCCGGGCCUGUACCCGCACCCGGGCAUGGGCCUGCCGGGCCUCGGCCACCUGCUGCAGCAGAACGCGGCCGCCGCAGCCGCAGCCGCCGCCGCCGCCGCCGCCGCGCAGACCUCGCUGCCGCUGAACCUGCUGAGCCAGACGUCGUCCCCGCUGACCUCGACGGCCGGCUCGCCGUACCUGGGCGCCGCCCAGCUCAACCCCAGCAUGCUGUUCAACGCGCACCUGGCUCUGGCCGCCUCCGGCCACUCGCUGUUCGGCUCGCCCGGGUACGCGGGCCUGGCCGGCCUGGGCGCCGGCUCGCCGCCGGGCGCCGUGCACGCCGAGCGGCUGAAGGCGGCGCGCUUCUCGCCGUAUAGCGCGCCGCUGACGACCACCACCAGCACGGCCAGCUCGCCGCUGGCGGCCGCCAGCCAGCUGCUGGCCGCCGGCGGGCCGUCCGCCUUCGAGACGGUGACGCGGCCGCGCGCCGGCUCAGCCUCGCCGGUGGCCGCGCCGCCCGCGCACGCCGCCUCGGUGGCCUCCCAGCUCAAGAAUAUCGAGAACAUGGUGAACGGCCUGCACCGGCGACCGUCGACCGAGAAGUGA